GCCAACGGUCAGGGUCAUCUUGAUUCUUCCGUUUUUUUUGUGAUUCGCAUGGUACCAGUUAGUUGAACCUCACAAGUCAUUCGGCAAACAAACAACUUAAUUACUUUAAUCGAAUAAUUCAUAUUACUGAAUUUUAUUCCAUCAUAUACUGUUUUUAAACAGUAAAGCAAUGUGGGUGAUUCAAAUAAUACCCAUAAUAGCUUGUAUUAGAACUUCAUUUCCCUUACCUCAGAAUGAUAACUUAGAUGAUUUAUUAAUCAAUGUCUUUGGACGCAAUCCCAAUAUGCAGCAACAAAAUAAUACGGCACCGAACAUACUACCAUCAAAGGUUCCACAAAAUAUGGGAUUGAGUGCAUUAAUAGAUGAAGUAUUCAAUGCUAACACUACCGGUAUGAAUAAAGGUGACAAGAUUACAGGUGAUGAAGUUUCUAGUGUAAAUGAUGACCAAAGUUUAUUAACUAAUGACUGUGAAUGUGUACCUUAUUAUCAGUGUCAAAAUAAUAGUAUUGUCGAUGAUGGAGUUGGCUUAAUCGAUAUCAGAAUAAGAGGAGUUUGUGAAAAUUAUCUCGAUAUUUGCUGUAAACGUCCAAAUAUUCUAGAACCCAAUAAUCGAGUUACUCCGAAGCCAAUAGUAUGGCAAGGAUGUGGACAACGUCAAGCCGAUGGCGUAGGAUUUAGAAUAACAGGUCAAAUCGACAAUGAGGCACAAUUUGGCGAAUUUCCAUGGAUGGUAGCAAUUUUACGAGAAGAAGGAAUGUAUCAAAAUGGACAAAAUUUGAAUGUUUACCAAUGUGGAGGAUCUUUAAUACACAGUCAAGCGAUUUUGACUGCUGCUCAUUGUGUCAAUGGAAAAAGUUCAAAUCAACUGAAGGUCCGAGUUGGUGAAUGGGAUACUCAAACGAAGAAUGAACCAUUUCCUCAUCAAGAUCGAGAUGUUAUUAAAGUUAUUAUUCAUCCAAACUUCCAUUCAGGAUCGCUGCGGAAUGAUUUUGCAAUACUAAUUCUUUCUGAACCUGUGCAAUUUGCUGAGAAUGUUAAUGUCAUAUGUUUACCAAAAAAGGACGAUAUUUUUGAUGGCGCUCGAUGUUUUGCCAGUGGUUGGGGCAAAGACACCUUCGAGUCUUCAGAGUCUUCAAAGCUCGUCUCGUUCGCACCCAGAGGACGUAUCAAGGGAUUAUUUGGGCCGACUUAUGGGGCCCAUAAUCCCCACCAUGGUAAAGAAGGGCACUAUCAAGUGAUUCUGAAAAGAGUUGAAUUACCGGUAGUCAAUCACAAUAUUUGUCAAGAUUGGUUACGUUCCACAAGACUUGGAAAAUAUUACGUGUUACACACUAGUUUUCUUUGUGCAGGAGGUGAAACUGGAAAAGAUACUUGCAAGGGUGAUGGAGGAAGCCCUCUUGUUUGCCCACUGCAAAAUGACCCGGAACGUUAUGCUCAAGCUGGAAUAGUUGCGUGGGGUAUAGGGUGUGGAGAAAAUGGGAUCCCUGGAGUAUAUAGUAACGUGGCAAAUGCUCGACAGUGGAUAGACGAACAGUUGUUUGGAAAUAAUCUUAAUUAAACUCAUUCAUUAUAUGUAUAUAAAUAUAUGUGUGCAUGUCAAGCGUACGUGUGUACGUAAGCAUGUAAAUAUUCUGUAACUUUCGAAUGGAUUAACCGAUUUGGCUUCUUGAGGUGGCGUUUGAAGUGAUUCAUUGAUUUCAACAAUUCUUGAAAUUAAGCAUAAACAGUACGGUACGGUUGGAGAUAUUUCACAAAUAAAUUGUUUUCAAAAAUGUUUUUUCCCGAUAACUUUUAUCUAACGAGCUCUAAAACAUAAUAGGCCGCGUCGAAUGCUACCCCAACCAUCAAAAUCGGUUAAUUGAUUCAAGAAAACCAGUUGUCGAAAGAAUUGCAAAAAAGUGUUUUUCUCUAAUAAAAUUCAAAUUGUUAAGCUAA